AAAAGGAUCUAAUAUACGAAUAAAAGAAGUUUCCUUUUUAUUCUAUAUCUUCGAGAGAUUAAUUAAGACCACUUCCAUCGAGGGGUGCUUAGAGGUUCUUAAUUAACCCAAAAUUGAAAGAAAAUUAAAUAAAAAAAGCCCAAAAAUAGAAGAACCGGUGCUUCUUUUAGACUUUCUGGAGUUGGUAAGAAACGCAUACGUGUCCAUCUCUGAUUGCACCGCCCCUGUAUUGUCUCUCUCUCUUCGUCGGGGUUUUGACCAAACCAAAACAAAGUAUCUUCUCUCUUGGACAAUCCGUCGUCUCUGUCGGUCCAUCUUCAUGUGCGCUUGCAGAGAUCUCUUUGUGUAAUCAUGGAUCUAAAGAUGCAUGCUUAACUUUAUAUCGAACAUCAAUUGGUUUCAGAAGCAACCCCAUGGAAAUGAUGAGGUCAGCUUGACACUGAACAUAACAGCGGACUUGCAGUCACUAUUUACUUGGAACACAAAGCAGGUGUUCGCUUUUGUAGCAGCAGAGUGUAAAACCUCGAAGAAUUCUCUUAAUCAGGUUUCUCUAUGGGAUGCUAUAAUACCAGAGAAAGAGAAUAAUAAGUUCUGGAUACAAAUCUCAAAUAAGUACCGUUUCAUUGAUCAGGGACAGAACCUCCGAGGGAAAGACUUCAACUUGACACUGCACUGGCAUGUUAUGCCCAAGACAGACAAGAUGCUUGCUGACAAUAUGUAUAUGUUUAAUGUAUGCUUUAUUUUAAAUCAUUCUACUUAAAAAAAAAUAAUUUAAGAACCCUUAUGGAGUUCUCCCAUUGGAGGAGAAAAAAUUAGUUGCACUAA